AAACGAGGUAUUCACAGGAGGAGAGCAAAAACACGAAAGCACUUCAAAAUAAAAAUUAUACAUGUUGUGUUUUCAAAAUAUAUGAUUGUUGCUGGCCUAUAAAAGUUGGACUGUUAAUGUCACGAGCGUUAAAAUGACGCAGGGAAAAAGUCCAGUGGCAUGGCUCUCAAGAAGAAAAAUGGGAAUUUUUGCUGGUUUGGUCUUGCUGACUAUACUGUUUUUUACCAUCCGAGAGAAAUAUUUUUACAGAGCUGAUGUUUUAAAAGCAGUUGCAGCGGCGCCGAAAAAUCUUCCUAGAACAAGCGUUAAAGUAGAAAUAAAAGAAGAGAAAACGACGCUAUGGAGCUAUUUUGGUUUUGGUGGUGGAAAAAAGCAGAACGAGAAGAAAGUUGCCAAAAGCAAAUGGGAUGUUUGGGUUGAAAAUAAUCCAGGGUUAACCUCUAUCGGUGAUAUUUGGGACAAAUGUGAUAACAAAACGAGAACAAAAAUUGGGAAAGUUGUUUUGGAAGCAAAUAAAGGAGACGAAGGAGUCAAAAUUAUAUCAUACGUUAAUCAAACAUAUACGUACACAAUCACAAAAUCGACAGGAUUUAUGAAAGUGUAUUACAAAGACAGUUUAUUAUACGAUAAGAAAUAUGACAUGUGCGUCAAAUCGCUCAAACUUGACACUCCAUAUAGCUGUCCAAUAUUAGCAGGCAAAACUCUUAUUAUACGAGACGCAGCAAAAAUGCCAAGUUAUAUCCCAAAGGGACAAUAUCGCAUCUCAGCGUCUAUUUUGGACCAAGAUGGAAAUGAAAUAGGUUGCACAUAUGCAAAAUUUAAAACUGGUGAAUAGCGAACACCCUCUAUCUGAGUGGGUAGCCUUGGUCGCAGAUCUCUGCUUUGAAGAUACAGAUGUCUUUUUAUAGUUUACAUAACAACUCUGUAGUAACAUUAUUUAUGUUCAGUUUAAACUAGAAGACAUUUUCAAUACGAUUCGAAUGGAUAUGGGUUGAUUGUUUUGAUAAGUUUUAUUGUCCCGAUAAAAUGACACAAAAGAAACACCUAUGAAGAUGGAUUACUGAGUCAUGGGACAAAAAAUUGUGACUUGACUUUUCUUUCCAGGCAACAGCUGGACAAAAGUAAAAAAAUGUACGUCUCGUCAAUUUCUUUUAUAAUCCGCCCUAUAUUUUAUAGACUUCUUUGAAACAUCAACAUAAAAAAUAAGCAACACAAGAGACCCACUUUAGUUUGAUUUUGUUUUUAUGCAACCUAGUUUCCAGUGCAUUGUAAACUUUAAAUAAUCCACAGAAACAGUGGGAACAAGAGUGGCAUUAUUUUUCAUCCUUUCAUUGGACAGUUUUGCUUCGUAAUGUUGACAAAGUAGUGUUGAAAGGUUGUGGUUAUUUCUUUUCAAAAUGAUAUUAUCUUGGACAAAACGUGUUAACUGACUAAUUGUAACCAAAAUUAAUUUAUAUUUUAGUACUGGAAUACUCAUAAUGUAGUCACUUUGUACUUGAUAAAGUCGACUAGAUUUUGGAUUUAUUAGUACGGUUAUGAUUGAUAUUGUUAGAACUAAAAACGAGAAAUUUUAUAUUAGUUGUCUACCCUUGUAGGAUAGUUUGUAUUGUUAUUUUUCAAUAAACAAUGAAAGUAGUUUCAAUCAGUUGCC